AUGGAAUCGACUGGAAGCUGGAUUAGUCAACAGGUGGUCUUGGAAGCCUCCCAUCUCAUUCAUCCUGCUUUGUCCAGGAUGAAGACUGAGGACCCAAGCAGGAGAGACCUCGACUACUUCCAAGAAAAACUGUGGAUCAUCAUAGUCCUGCAGUUCUUUUUCGCUGUUUUGGGGAAUGGCUUUACAAUCUACCACUUUGUGGCUUGGGAACGCACCUGGCAUGCCGGCAUCAUCUUCUCCUUCAACCUGGCACUCUGUGACCUGUUCUAUACCAUCUCCUUGUUGCCCUUGGCUGUUUACUACUCCCCCCCCAAGAACUGGAAGUACGGCUCCCCUUUUUGCAAACUGGAUCGUUUUGCCUUUUUUGUCAACUUGUACGGCAGCACCUUUUUCAUUGCUUGCAUCAGCCUGAACCGCUACGUUGCCAUCGUCCAUCCCUUCUUUGCCCACGAGCGCAUCGAAACCUUCCAUGCCAAAGUUGUCAGUGGGGCGGUGUGGUUGGUCGCGAUAGCCAUCUCAGCCCCUGUCCUCCAUUUCUCCAACGUGGAAUCUAAAGGCAAUGUAACCGUUUGCCUGGGCAGUGCUUCUGUAUCAGAACUGCCUGCUUAUCUGCCAUACAGCUGGUUCCUCCUAGCUGUGGGCUGUGGGCUGCCUUUUCUCCUGACUCUCUUUUCUUGUGUGGCCAUUGUUUGUGUUGUUAGACGCAGCCAUGGUAUCACCAGGGUGGAAAAAUGUAAAGUGAAGAUACUGGUUUCUAUAGUUGUGCUCCUUUAUGCUCUUUUUUACUUGCCCUUUCAUGUCUUUCGCAAUGUGAAUUUGUACUAUCGUGUGCAGGAUAACAUAAACAAGGCCAUUUAUUUCACCUACCAAAUAGCUAAGAUCCUAGUUAACUUUCAUGUUUGCAUCCACCCAUUCAUCUAUGCAGCUCUAGCUAAGAACAUGCCCAAAUGUUGCUGUAAAGGUUUACAGAGACAGAAAGAACUGCAAGAGAAAAAGAAGAAUGUGGAAUUGCAUCUAGCCCCCUCCCAUGGCCACUGA